AUGUCUGAGAACGUCCUGUUUGAAAACAGCUUCAAAAUCACGGAGCUCAACGACACCAAAUACGACAGAGUCUCCCGGAUUAAAGCCUACAGCGAGGGUGAGCAGGAGAUCCUUUUAACCCUCGACGUCAACACCGAACUGUACCCUCUGAAUGUCGACGACCGAAUGACCAUAGCGCUGGCUCUAUCGCUGAAUCUUGAUGGCAGCAAAGACGACGGGAAAGGGUGGAGAGAGAUCGGGAGAGGGGAACAGACGCUGGCUGAUGAGUUCGACUAUGUCUGCCACGGAAAAAUCUACAGAUUCGAAGAAGGCAGUGGAGACAACAUCAAGGUAUACGUCUCUUUCGGCGGCCUCCUUCUCUACAUGGACGGCCCCUACGCCAUGCUCAACGCUCUGAGAAUCGACCAGGUGUACUUGCUGAUGAAAAAAUGA